AUGCAGUUUUGUCAUGAGGGCCGUGAAAGAGUCGUGAGUUACCAAUCACGACAGAUCAAGCCGGCAGAGAAGAACUAUCCAGACCGCGAUAAGGAGCUAUUAGCUAAGCGCUACGCACUCAUCAAAGUUCGUGUCCACCUACUGGGCGAACGCACGUUCGCCCUGUAUGCUGAUCAUGCAUCGCUGCGAACAGCGAUGAAGAGCCCACACCUGUCACAACGGAUGGCACGGUGGCUCUCUUUCUUCUCCGAGUAUAACUUCGUCGUGCACUACAAGCCAGGCAAGACUAACACUCUUGCUAACGCACUGUCAUGA